UGUAGUAUGGAGAACGGUAAGACCAGGCAGAGACGGCAAGGAGGCACUAGAGUGUCGCAGAAACACGGCCAGCGGAAUGGUUUGGGUGAGGCGACAGGUGUUCCGAAGAGGGGCGGAGACGGCCAUGACCUUAAUGAGAGUGCCGAUGUUGCCUGGUACCGGCGACAGGACGUGUUGGUGUGGGCAGGCGGGAUGGCCUUCAUCGCUGCGCUUAUUGGUGCCAUCAAUACACUGGGCAACUACAGGGGAUGGGACGCGCCGAACGGAUUCCUGUAUGACCAGGCCAACACCAGCCGAGCUCGGUUCCUACCCGAACCGUUCAUAGAGGAGCCAGGAGUGAAGGGGAGAUACGGGGUCCAACCUGUGAUUCGCUGGUACUUCUGGAAGCUCCGACCAGAACUGGUGACUCCGUGGACGCGUCUGUUCGUGUGGGGCUGUUAUACCGUACACCAGCUGCUGGCCUGGUGGCUCCUGUACCUGGCACAGGUCAACCAACAGUCCCAGAAGGGUAAGAAGUACUCCCCGCGGCUGAGUAAGUACAACUGGGCAGCUGUGGCCGUGCACACCUUCUUCCACCUGAUGCACCUGGCGCAGACGCACGUGACGUACGACGCAACCGCACAGGACGUGUCCAUAUUCAGCUCCCAAGGUUCUGUGAUUGUUGCCCUGCUGUUGAUGAUGGUGAUAGAGUUUAGGGACAGAGGAGUGUUCUUCAACUGGCCUUCUAGCACCAGUACAGACAACAUGGGGAAAGCGCUCAGGUCAUCGACCCAUAGGUCAGUGACCCUUGUGCGGAAGUACCAUGGUUACGUCAUCAUGUGGGCUGCAGUCUACACCUUCUGGUACCAUCCAAUGGAGAACACACUGGGGCACGUGAUGGGGUUUGUGAACACAUGGAUAUUCAUGUUACAAGGGGGUCUGGCCUACACUGACAUGCAUCUCAACAAAUACUGGCGCUUCGUACUUGAAACCUGGGUGGCUCUACAUGGGGCCAUUGUGGCCUACCAGACUGGGGGGCCAACAGGGUACUGGCCCAUGUUCACCUUCGGAUUUAGCGCCCUCGUGGUGAUCACUCAGUUAUUCACCCUCCCCUUCUGGACGAGACUCCCACCAUGGACACGCUACAUCCCCACCCUGGUCUACCUAGCCAUCACCCUUUAUGCCUACAGUGGUCUGCCUGAUGCGAAGGGACGCCUAUGGACAAGGCUAUGGGAACCAAUCAUCAUUCCGCUCAACCAGUACUUCUAUGCACUGGUCAUAUGUGGCCUUGUCACGCUGUGUCUGAACAUUGAGACCAAAUUUUACGCCUCUUUCGUACACAAGAAGGCUGGUACUGUGGGGUAUGUUGCUUGCGUGGUUGGCUUUUUGCUGAUGUAUUUAGCUACGAUUUUGAUGUCGUGGGCAUACCAGUACUAUGAUGUACAACUACCGGGGAAUCCUAUGGUUUAUUUUGUAUCCGUCUUUACUCCGUGUGUGAUUGUUGCCACCUUCUUCGUCAAGCGUUUGGUUGAAGCCAGGGGUUAG